GAGGCCAGUAUCACACCGCUCAACGAGAUUUUAACUUCCACUGCGCUCAGCAAUGGUGGCCGUGACAUCCACGGCCGCUCUCUCCCAUUACAACGCAUUCCUCUGCAAACCCAUCUCGCCAUCGCUCCUCUUCCUCCGCCGUAUCCGCGCGAGCCCGCGAGGCCCGAGCGGGGCCAGAGCGGUUGGCCCACAUGGGGUCCCGCCGAUCAAGUCCUACAUGGAGGGCCAGAGCUCCCUCGCCGGCUUCGCCAACAAGGUCAUCGGUUCUUUGCCCGUCGUCGGGCUCGUGGCGAGGAUCUUCAGCGACGAAGGCGGGGUCGGCGGGGACAUCAUCGAUUUCGCGGAGUUCAGGAGGCGGGUCGGGAAGAAGUCCGCCGUUAGCGAUUCCCGUGCUUUCUACGAGUUUCAAGAUCGUCGCGGCCGGGCAGGGGAUCCCUUGUAUGUUCUGCUUUGCUGUUGGUUAGCAGCUGUCGGAGCUGGUCUUCUCAAAUCUGAGGAUAUUUUAGGAGGUGUAGCCAGGCUGCGGCUUUCAAAUGAUAUCGAAUUUGAAGAACAGAACUUCAUCGCCUUGAUGAAUGAGGCGAGAGAGAGAAGAGCAAAGUUAAACGCGUCAACCCCAAGCAUUCCCAUGGAGGUUCGCGUGGAGAAGGCGCUGGAGGCGAUUUAUGUCUGUUGCUUCGGUAAGGAUCCUAUUGAGGAGGAAGAUGAGCAACUCCUGCAAACCAUGCUCGCUGUCGUUUUCCCGUUGGUCAAGCAGUCUCAGAUACAGACGAUGAUCAGUGACUUGGCUAAAAAGGUAGCUGAAGGAGGCAAUGAAGUUACAUUUCUGGAGGCGAAGCCCUUACCUAAAGAGGCCGCAGAGCUCCAAAUGAAGGACCUCCAGUUUCUCAGACAAAACAGCGACACUUGAGAAUGCGAUGUGCUGCUGAGCAGACAUGGAGAGGAUUGUGAUUUGGAGUCUUUGAUGCGUUGCAAUUAGUGACUACGUGUUGUCACAGGAAGAAACCGGCGAUGUCUAUCUGUUCGAUGUUCACUCAUCAAUCGAGGCAAACUGAAGUGUGCAUAGGAGAGCGAAAUCUUGAUUAGAGUUUGUUCCUUAUCGCCUUUUCUUCUCCUUGUCACUCUGAGUGCUUGUAGAUUAAAGUUAAAGGAAAACUAGGGGCGAGGCACCCUUCAUGUUACUGAUUAACCAUAACAUCCUCAUACGGUAGCUGUUGCGACA